AUGGGCCGUUUAUUUCGAUCAAAUAAAACAAGUGACUCGACAACUGAAAAUAUGGCACCGAAUUCCCAUCCAGCUCGACAAGUUCCAUCGGUUGUUUCGAAUAUUACUAAAAAUUCAUCAUUGCAACAAAAUAAUAACAUCAUAUCAAAUUCGACAGCCACUAGAAACUCUGAUAUUACUUCAACGGUUGAAACAGUAUAUUCAAAUAAAAAUUCCGAAGCAGCAUCUAGCUUAUUUAAAUCGAAUUCUCCUCGAUCUCUAAGCGAAAUAGAACCAAUAAAAGAAAUUGAAAAAUCAAAUAUGAAAUCUUCAACUGAUAAAAAUCGAUUCUUUCAAAGCGAAAAACAACAAACGAACACUAAAAUUGAAGAGAAAAAAUUGGAGAAACGAUAUCGUCGUCAAAGAUUAUGUUCUUGUUGUACACCACGUUGUUUUUGGUGUAUUGCUUUACUCAUAUUAUUACUAAGUGGCCUUACUGCUCUACUUAUAGCUCUACUGGUGAAUACAACAUCGGCCACAACUACAACAGUUACGACUACUACAGGUACGACAAGUACUACUACUUCUGUCACCACUACGACUGCUACAACGGCAACUACCACUACUACAACUACAACGACAACAGAUACCACAACUACAACGACAACGGAUACCACAACUACAACAUCGGCUACAACAACUACAACCACGACGACAACGACGACAACAACUUCAACAACUACUACCACUACCACCACGUCGACUACAACAACUACAACCACGACGACAAAGACUACUGCAACGACAACAACAACAACUAGCGCAACUACGUCGACAACUACCAGCCAAACUACUACAACGACUACCAGCGAGACUACCACGACGACUACAAGCGAAACUACUACAACGACUACCAGCGAGACUACCACAACGACUACAAGCGAAACUACUACAACGACUACUAGCGAGACUACUACAACAACUACCAUUCAUAUGGAUGAAGCAAAUGCAGGUGAAAAUGAAGCAACUGAAGGUGAAAAUGAUGCAAAUGAAGGUGAAAAUGAUGCAAAUGAAGGUGAAAAUGAUGUACAUGAAGGUGAAAAUGAUGCAAAUGAAGACUCUGACAAAGAGAAUUAA